GCCCCGUGCACGGACUCAGGCCCCGCCCCCCGGAGCGGCCCUGCUCAGUCGGUGAGGCUCCGGUGUGGACGGCGGGAUGUCCGCCGUGCAGGAGAAGUACCGGCUGGUGGUGGUAGGAGGAGGCGGGGUGGGCAAGUCCGCCCUCACCAUACAGUUCAUCCAGUCUUACUUUGUGACGGACUAUGACCCGACCAUUGAGGAUUCCUACACCAAGCAAUGCGUCAUCGAUGAGCGCGCAGCACGCCUGGAUAUUCUGGACACGGCGGGACAGGAGGAGUUCGGAGCCAUGCGGGAGCAAUACAUGAGGACUGGGGAAGGAUUCUUACUGGUGUUCUCAGUGACAGACAGAGGGAGCUUCGAGGAGAUCUACAAAUUCCAGCGGCAGAUCCUGCGGGUGAAGGACCGGGAUGAGUUCCCAAUGGUGCUGGUGGGGAACAAAGCGGACCUGGAGCACCAGAGGCAGGUGACGCAGGAAGAAGGACACCAGUUGGCGCGGCAGCUGAAAGCGAGGUAUCUGGAAGCCUCGGCCAAGAUCAGGAUGAAUGUGGAUCAGGCCUUUCACGAACUUGUGCGCGUUGUCAGGAAAUUUCAUGAACAGGAGUGCCCCCCUUCCCCGGAGCCCGCGCGGAAGGACAAGGACAAGAAGGGUUGCCUUUGCGUCAUCUUCUGAAAACUCGAACUCUGGGUCACUUUAUUUUUUACCCAUCCAGGUUUUUAGCAUCCUGCUGGAUUCUCGUGUCACCAGGGUGGCCUUAGUCCACGACAGCCUUGGCUCUGCCGACUCACACCGGAAGUGACGGGGCGGCCUAUUGUAACA